AUGGCCGGUGCCGUCCCUCAAUUCAUGGUUGACGAAUACGUCCUCGCAUACCAUGGACCUUUACUCUAUGAAGCUCGAGUUCUCCUCGCGGAAUCAUGGGACGAGUCCAAUACUCUUUCGGGUCAAGUGGGGCCACACUACUUUAUCCAUUACAAAGGCUGGAAGCAAACCUGGGAUGAAUGGGUCCCCGAAUCGCGACUCCUCAAGCUCAAUGAGGCUGGCUUUGCGAAACGCCGUGCUCUUCUCGAGGCGCAAGCCAAGAAGGGAAGAUCGAGCAUCUCGUCUGCGGCGGGCACAGCGGGAGGCGGGGGGAGCGGAACAGCGUCACCUGGCAUUGGAGCGGCAGGACGAAAACCGUUGAAGGAUUUUAAAAAGGAUGGGAAAAAGAGAGGGAGGGAUGCUCUGGAUAGCGAGACCGAUUUCAUGAAAAGACCAGAAGUCAAGAUCGUGAUCCCGGAUAUUCUCAAGCUUGUUCUUGUCGACGACUGGGAGAAUGUGACCAAGAACAAUCAACUGGUAGCUUUGCCCAGGAAGCCAAACGUGAGAGAAUUAUUGGAGGAGUAUCGGCAAUACGCGUCAGCCAGCAAAAAGCAAGAACGGUCUGCCCGAGCUACUGCUCUACUCUCUGAAAUCAUAUCUGGCAUCACGCUGUACUUUGACAAGGCCUUGGGCAACAACCUCCUCUACCGAUUUGAGCGAGCGCAGUACGUGGAGCAGAAGCGGCAGAAUCCUGAGAAGCCUAUGAGUGAGAUCUAUGGAGCAGAGCAUUUGCUGAGGCUGUUUGUCAAUUUUGGUCCUUUCAUCGCGUAUACCAACAUCGAUACAGAGUCACUCAACAUUCUUCGUGAUUACAUCAACGACAUCAUGGACUGGAUGAUCAAAGACCAGAAGAGGCUCUUCAUGAAGGAGUACGAGGAGACUACCACCCAUUAUCAAAAUCUUUCAAGAUCAUGA